AUGGCUACAGUGUCGAGACUGCUGAUUGUUGUGUUAAUUUUCCUGUGUGCUCUCAAGUACUCCGAGUCAAGAUCUUUUGUUAUAGAUUUCGAGAACAACUGCUUUCUCAAAGAUGGCAAACCUUUUCGUUACAUCGCUGGAUGCUUUCACUAUUUCAGAGUUCCUCGCGUGUACUGGAAAGACAGGCUCAUGAAAAUGAAAGCAGGCGGUUUAAACUCAGUCCAAACUUACGUCGCUUGGAAUAUUCACGAACCAGUUCAUGGCCAGCACAACUUCGAAGGCGAUGCAGAUCUUCAGGGCUUUAUUGAACUCGCUAACAGCGUUGGACUUCUAGUGAUUCUCAGAGCCGGACCUUAUAUUUGCGCCGAGUGGGAAAAUGGUGGGUAUCCUUCAUGGUUAUUGAUGAAGAACUCAUCGAUUUCCUUAAGAACCUUGGAGAACAAGCAAUAUCUAUCGUAUGCAGAGUCCUGGCUGAGCGUGCUAUUGCCCAUGCUGAGGCCAUUGCUGUACUCCAAUGGGGGACCAAUCAUAGCGGUCCAAGUUGAAAAUGAGUAUGGGUAUUUCGGGGGAUGUGAGCUGAACUAUUUGAAGUUUCUUGAAGAGUUGUUUCGUAAAUACCUUGGUAGUAAUGUUAUUCUUCUUUCAAACAAUGGCGCCAGAGAGUCUUCAUUAAAGUGUGGUACUAUCCCUUCUCUGUAUCCCGCUCUGGACUUUGGCGUUGGAACUAAUUUAGAUAAGGCGUUUGCCCUAAAGCGGAAGUUUGCCCCCAGGGGACCCUUGGUAGUCACUGAGUAUUACCCAGGGUUUUUGGAUCGGUGGAGUGUACCUCACCAAACCAGAUCUACACAGAGUGUUGAUCAGACCUUUGACAAAAUGCUGGCAAUGAAUGUGUCUGUAGCAUUUUACAUGUACAUGGGAGGUACUAACUUUGGUUACAUGAACGGUGCACGAUACCUGCGGACAAAACAAACAUUACUGCCGAGCAUUACGAGUUAUGAUUAUGAUGCACCUUUGACAGAAGCUGGUGAUACAACUACAAAAUUUCAUGUCCUAAGAGAGACAAUUGCCAAGUACGAGAAAAUACCCGAUAUUCCCAUCCCACCAAACACUACAAAGUUUGCAUACGGUAAAGUUCAAAUGACACAGCUGUCAACCUUCCUUGAUGCUGCACCAAUUCUUUCUGCUCCCAAUGGCCCUGUGAAUUCAACCUUUCCUUUAACCAUGGAACAAAUUGGACAAAGCUAUGGAUUCAUUCUUUACCAAACACAAAUUCCGGCAGAGUUUGCUCAGUCAACUGUUGUCUUGAACAUCACUAGCUUAGCACGUGACCGAGCCAUUGUGUAUGUGGGAAAAAUUCGCCAAGUUACAAUGUUCCGUGACCUUAAAGAUCAGACUGCAUCUCUUGUCAUUGGGAAGGAGUUGCAGCUUGAUAUUUUGGUGGAAAAUCUAGGAAGGGUUAGUGACGGUUAUCAAGAGCCUAAAGGGAUCGUUGGCAACAUUACAAUAAAUGGUGCUGUUCUUGUCAAUUGGAAGAUAUAUCCUAUAAACUUAGACAAUCUCGUUUCAGCUACAGAUGGCUAUCUUAACACUUUAAAUCAACACCAAAAGGGGUUAUUUGCACCUACCUUUUUUCAUGGGGAAUUUUAUGUUAAUUCCUCAUAUGACACAUUUCUUCACCUGCCUGGAUGGACUAAAGGGCAAGCGUUUGCAAAUGGUUUUAAUUUGGGUCGCUACUGGCCUGUGAUUGGUCCACAAAUCACACUGUUUGUACCAGCAAAUGCGAUAUCCCUCAAGAAGAAAACUGCCAGUGUUGUGUUAUUGGAGUUGGAUGGUGCUCCUUGUGAAUCUCCUGAAACUUGUUUUGUUGAGUUUGUGACAACUCCUAUUCUAAAUGGGACUGUACAUCCUAUAGUAGAUGGUGAAUUCAAUGUGAAGACUAUAAAAACUGAGAAAUUUCAUUGA